CUCAUCGCUCUCUGCUGUGCUGUGUUACUGCAGCCACUUAUGGCUGUUGCUCCUGCAGUCAUUUGCAGACCAAACUGAGUCAGGCAAGUUUCCUCUUAACGCAAAGCAUGAUUGAAUGUCUCUAUAUUUCCUCUCUGUAGUAUCUGCUUAAUCCUCGCCAGCGUUGGUCUAACAAAUAAUAAUGUAUAUUUCCAAGAAUUUAGAAGUUAUGAGGGUCAAGAAAUUGGAGCAUGGCUAUGAGCAAUGGCAACAACGAUUUUGUGGUUCUGAGUAAUGGCAGCAUCGCAACCAGUGCUACCAACCCUAGUCCCCUCACCUCCUGUGAUGGAGACCUUGCAGCCCAACAGCUCACACCCAAAGAAGCACCAAGAACAAAAGUGAGUCCAAAUGGAUGCCUGCAAGUUAAUGGCACAGUUAAAUCAUCCUUUCUGCCUUUAGACAACCAAAGAACACCUCAGAUGUUAUCCCAAUGCUGCCAUCCUUGCCUAUACCAUCACCCUUUGACUAGCCAUAACGGUCACCAAGAGUGCCAUCCCGAGGCUGGCUCUGCAGCACCUUCUGCUUUGGCCUCGUGUUGCAUGCAGCCACACUCAGAGUAUUCUGCAUCUCUUUGUCCAAACCAUUCACCUGUGUAUCAGACUACGUGCUGUCUUCAGCCCUCUCCAUCCUUCUGCCUGCAUCAUCCGUGGCCUGACCAUUUUCAGCAUCAGCCUGUGCAACAGCACAUAGCCAACAGAAGACCAUCCAGACCUUUCAAGUUACCAAAAAGUUAUGCAGCCCUGAUAGCCGACUGGCCCGUGGUGGUCUUGGGCAUGUGCACCGUGUUCAUCGGGGUCUGUGCCUUGGUUGGAGUCAUAGUCCCAGAGCUGCCCGACUUCUCUGAUCCAUUGUUGGGUUUUGAGCCAAGAGGGACUGCAAUAGGCCAGAGGCUGGUCACAUGGAAUAACAUGGUGAAAAAUACAGGAUACAAAGCAACAUUAGCAAACUAUCCCUUUAAAUAUGCAGACGAACAAGCCAAAAGCCAUCGGGAUGAUAGAUGGUCAGAUGAUCAUUAUGAAAGAGAGAAAAGAGAAGUUGACUGGAACUUCCACAAAGAUAGCUUUUUCUGCGACGUUCCAAGUGACCGAUAUUCCAGAGUAGUGUUUACUUCAGCUGGAGGGGAGACGUUAUGGAAUUUACCUGCAAUUAAAUCAAUGUGCAAUGUAGAUAAUUCAAGGAUCAGGUCUCACCCCCAGUUUGGCGAUCUCUGCCAGAGGACCACGGCCGCUUCCUGCUGCCCCAGCUGGACCCUGGGGAACUACAUCGCUAUUCUGAACAACAGGUCAUCCUGCCAGAAGAUCGUCGAGCGAGAUGUUUCUCACACCUUGAAGCUGCUUCGGACCUGCGCCAAACACUACCAAAAUGGCACUCUGGAGCCAGACUGCUGGGACAUGGCGGCCAGAAGAAAGGACCAGCUCAAGUGCACCAACGUGCCGCGCAAGUGUACCAAGUACAACGCCGUGUACCAGAUCCUCCAUUACCUGGUGGACAAAGACUUUAUGACCCCAAAGGCAGCCGACUACGCCAUGCCGGCGCUCAAGUAUAGCAUGCUCUUCUCUCCCACUGAGAAAGGGGAGAGCAUGAUGAACAUUUACCUGGACAACUUUGAAAACUGGAACUCUUCUGACGGUGUCACCACCAUCACCGGGAUUGAGUUUGGGAUCAAACACAGUUUGUUUCAGGAUUACCUUCUCAUGGAUACUGUGUAUCCUGCCAUAGCCAUUGCCAUCGUCCUUUUAGUCAUGUGCGUCUACACCAAGUCCAUGUUCAUCACUCUUAUGACAAUGUUUGCAAUCAUCAGUUCCUUGAUUGUUUCCUAUUUUCUGUAUCGCAUAGUAUUUAACUUUGAAUUCUUUCCAUUUAUGAACCUCACUGCACUCAUUAUUUUGGUUGGAAUUGGAGCGGAUGAUGCUUUUGUCCUGUGUGACGUUUGGAACUACACCAAAUUUGACAAGCCUCAUGCAGGAACUUCGGAAACCGUGAGCAUCACCUUGCAGCACGCCGCCCUCUCCAUGUUCGUCACCAGUUUCACGACAGCCGCUGCCUUUUAUGCUAACUAUGUUAGCAACAUUACAGCCAUCAGAUGCUUUGGGGUUUAUGCGGGCACAGCUAUUUUGGUGAAUUAUGUUUUAAUGGUCACAUGGCUUCCAGCAGUAGUUGUGCUGCAUGAGCGAUAUCUUCUCAAUAUAUUCAGUUGCUUCAAAAAGCCGCAGCAGCAAAUAUACAACAACAAAAGCUGCUGGACAGUGGCUUGCCAGAAGUGCCACAAAGUACUUUUUGCCAUUUCAGAAGCGUCUCGAAUUUUUUUUGAAAAAGUGUUGCCAUGCAUCGUCAUUAAGUUUCGCUACCUUUGGCUGUUCUGGUUCCUUGCCUUAACUGUAGGGGGGGCCUACAUCGUGUGCAUAAAUCCAAAGAUGAAACUGCCCUCAUUGGAGUUAUCCGAGUUCCAGGUGUUCAGGUCGUCUCACCCUUUUGAACGUUACGAUGCUGAGUACAAAAAGCUUUUCAUGUUUGAGCGUGUCCACCAUGGAGAGGAGCUCCACAUGCCCAUCACAGUGAUCUGGGGUGUGUCCCCCGAAGACAAUGGCAAUCCACUCAACCCCAAGAGUAAAGGGAAGUUGACCUUAGACAGCAGUUUCAACAUUGCUAGCCCAGCUUCCCAGGUCUGGAUUUUGCACUUCUGUCAAAAACUGAGAAACCAAACCUUUUUUUACCAGACCGAUGAACAGGACUUCACCAGCUGCUUCAUUGAGACGUUCAAGCAGUGGAUGGAAAACCAGGACUGUGAUGAGCCUGCCCUGUACCCGUGCUGCAGCCACUGGAGCUUCCCCUAUAAGCAAGAGAUUUUUGAACUGUGCAUCAAGAGAGCCAUCAUGGAGCUGGAAAGGAGUACGGGGUACCAUUUGGAUAGCAAAACCCCAGGGCCCAGGUUUGAUAUCAAUGAUACUAUCAGGGCAGUGGUGCUGGAGUUCCAGAGUACCUACCUCUUCACACUGGCUUAUGAAAAGAUGCAUCAGUUUUAUAAAGAGGUGGACUCAUGGAUUUCCAGUGAGCUCAGUUCUGCGCCUGAGGGCCUCAGCAACGGCUGGUUUGUCAGCAAUCUCGAGUUCUAUGACCUGCAGGAUAGCCUCUCCGAUGGCACCCUCAUUGCCAUGGGGCUCUCGGUUGCUGUUGCGUUUAGUGUCAUGCUGCUCACCACUUGGAACAUCAUCAUAAGCCUUUACGCCAUCAUUUCAAUAGCCGGAACAAUAUUUGUCACUGUUGGUUCUCUCGUCCUGCUGGGCUGGGAGCUCAACGUUUUGGAGUCUGUCACCAUUUCGGUUGCGGUUGGCUUGUCUGUAGACUUCGCCGUCCAUUAUGGGGUCGCUUACCGCUUGGCCCCAGAUGCUGACCGGGAAGGAAAGGUGAUCUUCUCUUUGAGUCGCAUGGGCUCUGCCAUUGCCAUGGCCGCACUGACCACCUUCGUGGCCGGGGCCAUGAUGAUGCCCUCCACGGUUCUGGCUUACACCCAGCUGGGCACCUUCAUGAUGCUCAUCAUGUGUGUCAGCUGGGCUUUUGCCACCUUCUUCUUCCAGUGCAUGUGCCGGUGCCUUGGGCCACAGGGUACCUGUGGUCAGAUUCCUUUACCUAAAAAACUCCAGUGCAGUGCCUUCUCUCAUGCCUUGUCUACAAGUCCUGGUGACAAGGGACAAAACAAAACACAUACCAUGAAUGCUUAUCAUUUAGAUCCCAGGGGCCAAAAAUCUGAAAUGGAGCAUGAGUUUUAUGAAUUAGAACCUCUGGCAUCCCACAGCUGUACCACCUCUGAGAAGCCCUCCUAUGAAGAGACCCACAUCUGCUCUGAAUUCUUCAAUAGCCAGGCAAAGAACGUAGGGAUGCCCGUGCGUGCAGCGUACAACAGUGAACUCAGCAAAAGCACCAAAAACGAAGCUAGCGCUGCCUUGUUCCAGCCCUCUCUCGAACAGCACACCAUGUGUCACCUCUUCUCUCUGAAUCAGAGAUGUAGCUGCCCAAAUGCCUACAAACAUUUGAAAUAUGGCGCCCACGCCUGCCAGCAGAUGGGUGACUGCUUGUGCCACCAAUGUGCUCCUACUGCCAGCAGCUUUGUGCACCUCCAAAAUGGCCUGACGCCUCUGAAGGCUGCGCACCAAGCCCCCGAGGGCUUCGCGCAUCCCAUCCCACACAUCCACCACUGUCCCUGCCUACAGGGCAGAGGGAAACCACCCGGAAUGCAGAAUUCUCUGCCUAGGAGUCUUUUCCUCCACCCGGUGCAGCACAUCCAGGCCCAAGAAAAAAUUGGUAAGACCAGCGUACACAGUCUUCAGAGCAUAGAAGAGCAUCUUCCAAAGGUGGCAGAGCCAUCACCAUUUGUCUGCAGAAGUGCCGGAUGUUUACAAACAGCGUGUUGUGAUCCUGAAAAUAACCAAAGGGGACUCUGUAAAAGUAGAGACAUCGGAAAUAUGGAGGGCAGUGGAGCGGCCGCAAACCAGGACUCCAGUGUGGAGAAUCAGAGCGACCAGACAGAAAGGGAAGGAGAGCCGAGCCCGGCUAAGACUGAUGUCACUGUGAACUCAGAACAUUUCAAUCAGAACGAACCAAAAUUUUUAUUUAACCAUUUAAUGGGGAAGGCUGGUUACAGGUCCUGCCCGAACAAUCCACAAAGUUGUGGCAGAAUUGUGAGAGUCAAGUGCAAUUCUGUGGACUGCCAAAUGCCAAACCUUGAAGCCAAUGUGCCUGCUGUAUUGACACACUCGGAACUUUCUGGUGAAAGUUUGUUAAUAAAAACACUUUAAUAAAUAUAGUCUUAAAUUCAGAACCAGUGCCUCGAUCAUUCCUUUGAAAUGGAAGUAAAAUCAAAAAGUUUAGAACAGGAGCCCAAAAAUACAGGAGGAAGGAUGUUUCACUUUGUUAAAAAUCACGGAAUAUUUAUAUUUUCCAUAUGAACAGUCAGAAAACUCACUUAUCUAAUGGGUAUUGGCUGGUAUUUGGAUUUUAUAUUUUCAAAAAGUACAGUUGUAUUUUAUAUUUAUACCCAGCUUGGAAAAUAAUCAUCUCUCUCUCUACCUUCCCAUAGCAAUGAGUCAGAGAAUCAGAGUUUGAAUUACCUAGAAGUUUCCAUUCUCCCAGGCAAUCAUAUUUUCCUGAUAUCCCUAUUCUGGUGCAUUUGGUCAUCAGUAAUCAAGACUUGAUUGCUUAAUGUAAAUGUUGAUUUUAAUAGAGCCAUUUCAGUUGGGAUCCAGGAACGAAACAUUAACAUUUACAUUUUUGGUGAGGCCUCAUUUAAAAAUUAAUUGCCGUGAAUUUUAACAGUGCAUUCCACCUGUCUGCAUGGGUAGAUGUCACAUGAAGCCAAUGACAUUUAUAUCCACAUUGGUAUCUUUUUCCACAUUAGCCAAAGUGACAGUUGUUCAGUUAUUACAUCUAUUAACCCAGGAGUCAUGGGCAUCACCUCGUGUCAGGCGACAAUUAUGUUAGUGCCGCAGAAGGAGGAGCACACGAAGAGAUGUGAUCCUCCGGAAUAGCACUCCACUUCUUAGGAUAAGCUGCUCGUAGACAAAGAUAGAUCUAGGUCAGAUGAGUCCUAACCCCCUGAAGCCUGCAGGGUGGGGGAACUUGUUCUAUGACGUUUCACUUUCAUCUCUGCCCUAAGGGACAUGUUCAGACAGCUGCUUUCUCCUGUGUUAGACAGGGUCUCAAGAUGUGCAAGGAUGAUUUUAUUGUGCAACUAACACCUGGAAACGCUGAGCCUUCAGGCAGCAUCUUAAAUGACACGUGGGUCUUGUGUUAGAUCAGUCUACAGUGAUUGAGCUGUUGGAGCACGUUUUCUGGGUAAUGCUUCAGAUGACACAGCCCUCCUCAUGGGGUGUCAUCUGAUACUGUGUGCAUUCCGGCCCCGUAUGGGGAGAAUUCCACUGCAUUCUCCUUCCUUCUGGGAUUCGGCCUCUAGUUUGGUCGUCUGAAGAAAACUGGUGGAAAUAUUUCUAAAUACAUUGUUCUUUCCAAAAGUUAUAUUAGCUAUUUUCUAAGAAUAGUUUUCCAAAUUAGAUCUGCAUAUUAUUCUCGGGCCUGAAAAAGCUGUCAAGAGUUGGAAGGGACCUUACGGUUCACUGACUCCAACCCACCUGCAGGAAACCAAGGUUCUGUUAAGCGGCUUUCCAGCUUUGGCUUAAUUACUUCAGUGACAAGGAACUCACUACGUGACUACCUCGGUUGAACCCAAAUCUGGUGUCCUGUAGUUUUUCUCCCGAUUGGCCCUCAUUCUGUUCUCGGAAGUGAAAACAAACAUCUCUGAUCUUUCCGCCACAUGGCAUCCCUAAAGAUAUUUGAAACAGCAGUCAUGUCCUCCCACUCACAUGCCUAGUUCACUCAAUUGUUCUUCCCUUCACCGGGUUCUAAGCCAUUAAAACACUGAUUGAGCAAUUAUGGUCUCUUCUGGAUAAGUCAGGUUGUCCAACUCCCAGCCCAAGUGUAGUAUCCCCAAACAGACUCGGAUGCAGCACCGGAAGGAGGACCAGCCCAGGGAGACUGGGUGGUUCUCCUGUUAGUUCACUUAGAGGUAGAAGUAACUUCUGACUCAAACUUUCCAGCCAACUCUCGUGCAGCUUAGAGGGAACUAAACCCACUGGUCCCUCACAUGUGUUGCUGCUAAGCUGCCUCUUCAAGCCAGUGAGGUUUUUUACACUGAAAUUCAAAACUCUAUGUCCGUUCCCACUGCACUUGAUUCUGUUAGGUAAAUCCGACGAAGUGGGGAGGAGAAGAGAACACUUGAAAACAGGACUCACGCAAGGACCAGCGCUAGACUCUUUAUUUUUCUUCUAUAAUCUGUAGCCACAAAGUGGCUAGUGAAAAUUUAGUGACCUGAAACAUUAUUUUUGCUGGGCAUGGACACAGAUUUAAUUUAAGGACUACCGGAGACACAGACUUCUUUACAGAGAGUCUGACCUAAAAGACUUUCAUGUGAACUAAGUGUGGUGAAAUUUAGAAAAUAAGAACUGGAGUGAAAGGAACUUAGCGGGAGGAGAGAUGUCCUCUGUCUUCUCCCUCAGUCAAGACUGGGGCCUCAAUCUUGCUGCUGGUCAUCCCUACCGCCUGUGGCUCCAGGAGCUGGAGGGGCCUGUCUCCCCCGCUCUGCUCAGCACCCUGAACCUUGAAGGUGGCAGUAAACCCUUUUCACAUUGAUUUCAGCUACAGACUUUGACUUUGAGUUGACUAUAUUUUUCACACAGGAAUUUUUUAAAGAAUUUGUUAGCUGGGACUGAAAAGCUUUUUUUUUUUAAUUCCCUGUUACUGAGCGGCAAAAGAUCACUAUUUCUAGUUCUGUUUCACAAAGAAAUUUCAUCCACUGUCCUCUCCUAAAGAAUUGCAAAGCAAAUAAGAGGUUAAAUUAUGUAUGGGGAAAAGAGCCUUUUCACUGUGAAAUAUUGGAGGGUAUUUACUUAUGGGAAGGAUUUGCAUCCUGUUACUACAACAGAGCAUCCCUUUGAGGUUGGAGUCCAUGUUACCAGAUUUCUUCCUGACUUCUCCCCUGCAAGGUCACUUUUUAAAUCCCUACUUGAUUGAAAAGUGAGACAGGCCAAGAGCACAAAGUUUUUCACGUGGAAAGGCUGUAUUGUUUAAAAUAAACUACACAGCUUCAUCUGUGUGUAUUCAUUUCUUGUGUGUAAUUGCUGUGAAAUGCACAUCCUCCUAAAACAAUCUUCUUUAAAGUUUUGCUAAGCUGUUAUGAUAUUAAAUUUCAUUACAAUAAUCUAUGCCCCAGCCUUCAUCAUUCUAAACUUUAAAACUUUUGCAUCGGGUGAUCUGAAGAGUAGUUUUAGGAGUGUGGGCUUACAGAAGAUUAGGAAAUGUUCCUGACUCCCAUUGUCUCACAUGGAAACCGUCUUUCCACCAGCAGUUAGGACAGUUUCUGAAUGAAAUAUGAGGAAACCAUGACUUUGAAAACAGCUGUGUCUUUUCUCUUUAAUGACGAGAGUUAUUUUAGAAGGAAAAAAUGAAGAAUCCAAAGACUCGGGUUUUCUUUCAUAAGAUUCAGACAUAGCCAUGAAAAAUAGAAAUUUGUUGAAUCAUGAGAGGAUUUUUUUCUUAAUGCAGAAGGAACUAUUGUGUUCAAAUACCCUUUAUACCAUAGUGGAUCUUUCCAAAAUGUUUGCUGGCAUUUAGUUCAUUUAUCUCCAAUUAUUGUUAUAUUAAACUACAAUGUUUUUUGUAAAACUACCACUUUCAUUAACGUUUGAUUUUGUACACUCAGAAGUUUCAUAUCUUUGCAUUAAAUAUGUAGAAAAAAGUAAUGAAUAUUCAUGAUUGAUUAGUAGAAUCUUGUGCCUUUUGUUCUUAACAAUGUUUUAACUGCCCUAAUUUUGGAUUUCUCAUGAAAAAAAAAAGCGUUAUUUCUUGUUCCGUUAGCUUUAGAAACCACAGCAUGUGCACUCAAGAACACUCAUUGGGUAACCAGGAUCAACACAGUUUCUAUCAACUCCCCUGAUCCAUCAGUCACAGCAUGAACCUGACAGCACAAGUGCCGACCAGGACACAGUGUACUAACUCAGAGGAGCCUGAUGGGCAUCUGUGGCACAUGAGUGCCUUCCUGAGAUUUGGGACGUGAAAGUGCUGUUUUAAGCUUUAGGAAGGAGCAUAGAAUAAAGCAAUGAUGUUCUUCAUUCAGAAGUCACAGUGCAAGAAAGGGCUCUUCCUAGCCUGGACGUUCUUCAUGAGUUUUCUUUCAGGUAAACUUGAGAACCAUACACUUAAUUUUGAGUAGGAAGAUAGGUCAGUGGCCCAAGUUGUUAAGAGGAACUUGUAGACCACGUGUCCUCUUCUCAGGGGAUUUCAGCCAAAAUUUGAAAUACCAGUCAACACCUCCACCAUUCUCACCUGACACCUAAAAUGGAUACUCUUCUUGACUUUGUGCUUAUUAUUAAUGGCGCUGUGACUUUCACAGUGAAACAAGAGUUAACUUCAUGCCCUCAAAUCAACUGGAAUAGCUAAACUUUGACGUUUCCCCUUCUCAUCAUAUUUUUUCACAUAACUUUCUGGAAUGUCAUCUGCACCUUCCUAAAAAGUGACGGGCAGAUUAUUUUCAAGCAAGAGAUGUUUUUCUUUGGAACCCAGUGAGAUUCUUAUAAGAGCUGGUUUUAAUUUGAGCCAAAGUGACAAUCAAAGCAAAAUUUGCUCAACCUCUCUCCACUAUUUGGACAUUUUUGAUCAGUGAACUGGACUUUAGUUUUCCACUAUUUAAAAGGGAAAGGAAUUGCUAAGUAAAUCAGUAGUCUAAACAAGAUUACGGAGAGCCUGUUCAGCCAGCCCAAGAAAACAAAUAAAAAACUACUGUAGUGUUACUGCCUUUGCAACAUUGCAAAUCAUUGCAAAUUGCAUUGAUAAAGAAAAGUCCAAUUGGAGUAUCUCUAGGCAAAAUUUUACCACAUGUUUUAAAUAUUAGUUGAGAAUAUUAAAUAGCAUUUAUUUUUAAAUAGUUAAACGUGAUUUCUGUGGGAUGCUGCCCACCCUCACGAGUGCAUCGUGCUCCUGGGAUGUCCCUGGUCUGCAGGGUAACUUCUAGUUCUCUGCAUUCUGGCAGCAGUCACAUGUUUAAUUCAAUGAAGCCUUAGAGGAUGGGGUGUGUAAAGCCACAGCUUUGUCCUCCUUCCAGCAAAAUUUCCUUUCGUGCAGAGAUCUAAAGAAAGGCUUUGGGAAACGUGGAAAUCUCUGCAACAUCCUCCGUCAGAUUGAAGGUCCCCGGGGUUGGUUCUUUUCUAUCGUUUGAUUUCUGUACCUUGAGUUUUCUGAAUAGUGUAUGUGUUAUUCGUCAGAUAUCUCAGAUGGGAAUAGAUAUCAACUGAAUCGUCUUGGAUUGUGGAAUAAUUCCAUCACAGAUCUCAACUUGAAUUUCUUUGCCCUACCCUGAACAGGACCCUCGGCUGUGAUUGGCAGGUAGGAGGGAAUUUCCUUCAGUGAAUAGCUUCCCUGCCAAUCAUGACAAAUUAUACGGCACUUUGGUAAAUGUCUACACGUUCCCAUGGGAGAGUAAGCAGAGGUUAGACAAGCCAGCUCGGAGACAAAACCCAGCCCUUCCUCUAAAUCACUGUGAUUCCGAAAACCAAUUUAGGCACAGAUCCUGCCCUGGAAACAAAAACUGUGAUUUUUCUCAUCUCUGGGGUGAUUGUUGCAAACCACACGGGGGUGGGAGAACUCAUCCUGAGCCCCUUCACAAGUGGAGGGGAGGUUUUAUAUUUCUCUGUGUUUUGAUGUCACUUUUGGAUCUUGGGAGAAUCAGGCUGAUCAGUCUUUCUGAGCAGUUUGGGCCAUCCAGGUGGGAACCACAGGUGACCUCACUUGCUCGACUUCCACAAUCCGUUAGAGGAGGGUGUCCCUCUGCCACCAGGGCUCGCCAUCAGCAUCCAUCACCUGUUGUUAGAAUCGUCUGAUUGUCUGUCUCCCUCACUCAGCUAAGUCCUUGGGAGCAGGCUCUCUCCAGCACCUUGCUGCACCGAAGUGACAAACUUUACUGAAAGCUCUUUGCAUUCAGGGCACGGGUUCUCUGAUGACCAAGAACCUCUGCCUUCGAGAAAGUGACAGUCCUUCAAAAGCAAAAUUGAGGCCCUCCAAGAAGAAGGGAUCUGCAAAGCAAGUAAUUACACAAGUAACAUUCUUUUUUAAGUGGGAGAUGUGAAAAAUGUUGAUACUAGAUUGAAAUAGUCUCAAGCAUUUUAGAAUUACCCCGGUAUGAAGCAGCAAGGCCUUAAAAAAAUCACGGAUUUGGAGUUUAAAAACCAAAGACCUAGGUUGAAGAGCAAGACCAGCCACUUUCUUGUACCUCAAUUUCCUCAUCCAUAAACUAUAGUUGAUGCUACCUACCUCACAGGGUUUCUAGGAUUAAGUGAGUUGAGACGUGUUAAAGAUGCUACUGUGUAGAUAUUGCUGUUCCAAUUGUUAUGUUCAUCAUGUCAUUUUGUCCUCAUUUGAACAGCCUGCAAAGGUAGAGCAGGCCAUCCUUGGUUAGCUGAUCCAGCGUCACACAGACGCUCUCUACUUAUUCGCCUGUGUUGCAACUAUUGUGUAUAUUGUGUGGUAUAUAAAUUUGUGUACAUAUGUGUUUUCAGUGUAUAUAUUUGUGCAAAUACUUCAUUAUAAUAAAAACUUUAUCCCACUCCA